AUGCCGAACUUCUGUUCCUGCUUCGGAGGAACCCCGACCCACGAGACGGGACAACGGCCGGCCCACGAGACGGCAGAGAGGCCGUCCAUUUCCUCCUGUUUCGGGGGCAUGGCGUCAUCUCUCGGUGGAGCCGCGGAUCAUGAUUUAAAGCCUGUGGAAAUGAAGGCGGUGGGCGCGGAGGGCGCGCUGCCGCGGUACUCGCAGGAGGAGCUGCGGCGGGCGACGGGCGACUGGCGCACCAAGCUGGGGGAAGGCGGCUUCGGCGCCGUCUACAAGGGCAUGCUGCUGCUGCCCCAAGGGGGCGAAGGGGACGGGGACGGGGGAGAUGGCAGGGGAGGGGAUAGGGAAGGGGAUGGGGAGGAUGGGGAGGGGGGGGAGGGGGUUGAGGAGGGAUUGGAGGGGUUGGAAGUGGUGGAGGUGGAUGGGAAGCGGUUUGUUGCGGUGGCGGUGAAGAUGUGCUUGACAGAGGGCGAUGUGCACGGGGGGAGAGAGCAGCUGCUGACAGAGAUCAUGGUGAUGACGGCUCUCCGCCAUCCCAACGUGCUGCGGCUGCUGGGGAUUGCCAUGUGGGGGCAAACCAUUUCCAUGGUCUCUGAGUUCGUCCCGGGCGGGGAUGUUUCUCAGCGGUUAGAGAAAGCAGCCAAGGGCAUAGAGCCCUUUCCCUGGAAGGACCGGCUGAGCAUAGCGGUGGGGAGUGUGGCAGGGCUAGCAGCGAUCCACAAGGAGGGCUUUAUCCACCGUGAUUUCAAAGCUGCCAACGUGCUUCUAACGAAGGACCUCGUGCCAAAGGCUUACUAA